AGGACUCAUGCAGUUUAUUGCGGAUCCCUUUGAAUGAAAUAGAAAAACCUUCACUUUAAGCCUUACAUAAUAUCCUUAAUCUAGAGGUAGGGAAAAAAUGCCGUGACAGUCAGCCAUCUAGCAUCCUCGACACCAUGUUUAGAAGUUGAAACUUGAAAGCCCUUUAGGAUCCAUGGUCCUUAUGGUAACUAGAAUAUAUUUGACCUCCUUUUUUCUGUAUUAGUGAAUACAAACUGCUAAAAUUAAUAUAAUUAGAGCCAUUUAUCAUGCUAUAAAAGGAGUAACUAGGGGCAGUUCUUAGGAGCGAUGAUGGGACAACCAUGGCAUGGAAGCUAUGGUUCGUAUUUGGAAGAUGAUGAAGCUAUAGCUAGAGAACUGCAUCAGAGUUACAAUUCAUAUGUAGCUGAUGAUGCAGCUAUAGCUAGAGAACUGCAGGAGAUGGAGGAUAGCUUGGGGACUAUGGCCUUAUAUGAUGGAGCCUUUGGAAGUAUAAUAGAUUCUGCAUGGGAGGGUAAUCUUGGAGGAACUUCUGCUAAUCGUGGAGGAACUUCUGCUAAUCAUGGAGGUUCUGCUAAUCGUGGAGGAACUUCUAUUCGAGAGACUAAUGUUCGAACACGGGAUGGCGGUGAAGUUGAUUUAGAUAAUAUGUCAUAUGAGGAAAUGCAUCGAUUCGAAGAAUCCAUGGGUACUGUAAGCAAAGGUCUGUCAAGGAAAGCAAUCUCUAGAUUGCCUGUUCACAAGUACAGUCCAUCAAGCACAAGAAGCAAUUCAGGAGAUGCAGAGUGUGUGAUAUGCAAAAUGGAAUACGAGAGGGGGGAUCGCUUGGUCACUCUGCCCUGCGCGCACCAAUAUCAUGAGGAUUGCAUUAAGAAAUGGAUGGAAGAUAACAAGAACUGCUGUGUCUGCAAAGAGGAUGUGGCUGUUAGUUAGUUCAUUUUGGCAUUUGACAUGGUACCAUGGCAGAGAUUAGAGCUGCUGGUUCUGAAUUUACUCUUAUCAUAUGUAGUCUUUUCCAUUCUUUUCUUCUUCUUUUUUUCAAUUGAAAUAAGCGAGGCGAUUCCUUUCUAAUAUUACAUUAUCUUUCUAGGACAACGACAAACUCUUCUCGACCACUAAAUCUUCUAUAGAUAUUCCACCAUUUUGUAAAUGGAAAUAAUAUCAUUUUAUUUCUAUCUAUUUUAUUUUUUUAUUUUUUUUAUUAUAA